CCAUCUUUCGUCCGACACACAAAUGCCAUUGCGGUUCUUGUAGUUGUUUUGGAUAAUCAAAGAUACGCCAGUCGUCUCAAAGAACUGCCACUUCGAACUUCGUUUCCCAGGAGGCAAUGCGAGCAGCCAGUGCGUCAGGUGUAGCUGCACAGACAAACGGAGAGGGGGACUCAACGAUAUGCCUUUAAUGCGGUCUCUAUUUUAACGAUUAUUUAGCUAAGUCGACGGAGACCCAGCCGACGCUCACCUGGCCCAUUCUUAGCGGACCCCAUCCCCCCCGCCCCGACACCCUCGCGCACAGACAUGAGCGGCAGCGGGCGGCCCAGGACCAGCUCGUUCGCCGAGCCACCGGGUGCUCCCGGACCCGCCGCAGCCGCUGCCGGAUCGGCCGCUGCGGGGGGGAGCGCUGCAGGGAAGUCCGGGGCUACGCAGGCCUCGGGGGGCAGCUCGUCCGGGUUCGGAAACUUGAAGCUAAGCAGAGACAGCGGGAAGGUGACGACAGUGGUGGCCACGCCGGGACAGGGUCCGGACCGCCCGCAGGAAGUGUCCUACACAGAUAUCAAGGUGAUCGGGAAUGGUUCGUUCGGCGUGGUCUACCAGGCGCGGCUCAUCGACAGCCAAGAGAUGGUCGCCAUCAAGAAGGUGCUGCAGGACAAGAGAUUCAAGAACCGCGAGCUGCAGAUCAUGCGCAAGCUGGAUCACUGCAACAUCGUCAGGCUGCGUUACUUUUUCUACUCCAGCGGCGAGAAGAAAGAUGAGGUAUAUCUCAACCUGGUGUUGGACUAUGUCCCAGAGACGGUGUACAGGGUGGCUCGGCACUUCAACAAGGCCAAGACCACCAUCCCUGUAAUCUAUGUGAAGGUGUAUAUGUACCAGCUGUUUCGCAGCCUGGCCUAUAUCCAUUCCCAGGGUGUCUGUCACAGAGACAUCAAGCCCCAGAACCUGCUGGUGGACCCUGAGACUGCCAUCCUCAAGCUGUGCGACUUCGGGAGCGCGAAGCAGCUGGUGCGGGGCGAGCCCAACGUGUCCUACAUCUGCUCCCGCUACUACCGCGCCCCCGAGCUCAUCUUCGGGGCCACCGACUACACCUCCAACAUCGACAUCUGGUCGGCGGGCUGCGUGCUGGCCGAGCUGCUGCUGGGACAGCCCAUCUUCCCUGGGGACAGCGGGGUGGACCAGCUGGUGGAGAUCAUCAAGGUUUUGGGGACCCCGACGAGGGAACAGAUCCGAGAGAUGAACCCCAACUACACAGAGUUCAAAUUCCCACAGAUCAAAGCACAUCCCUGGACAAAGGUGUUCAAGCCUCGCACCCCCCCUGAGGCCAUCGUGCUGUGCUCCCGGCUGCUGGAGUACACGCCCGUCAGGCGGCUCUCUCCGCUGGAGGCCUGCGCCCACGCCUUCUUCGACGAGCUCCGCCAACCCGGCGCCCGCCUGCCCAGCGGCCGAGAGCUGCCCCAGCUCUUCAACUUCAGCCCCGUGGAGCUGUCCAUCCAGCCCCAGUUGAACUCCACACUCAUUCCUCCUCACGUCCGUGCACAAGCGGCGCCCACCUCGCAUGAGGGCAGUGUGACUGACAGCCCGGCCCCGCCCAGCUCAGCACCCGGACCUCUCAGCAACAGCACCUGAACACCUGAACGCCGUUAGUUGUGCCCCCCCCCCCCCUUUACACACACUUCUGUUUGUCUGUCUCCCCAGCCAACCCCCUCCCCCCAAGCACACACUUCUGUUCUGUCUUCCCCUUCAGACUUCCUACUUCCUACUACCCUUCCACCUCCUCUCCUCAUUCCUCUUUUUUCAGUCCUUACUGGCUCCAAACUGCAGUAAGCACAUCACACACUCACACACACACACACACACACACACACACACACACUCUCACACUCUCACACUCUCACACUCUCACACACUCAUACACACACACUCAAAGCCCCCACCGCGAAACUCAGUUAAUUGAAAGUUGUAAUAUAAACCUUUAGUUCUGCAGUAGGGUAGAGGAGAGGGAGUUUUACCGUAUGGACAGUAACCUCGUUAGUCCAGUCCUCACGCGCACAUAAGGCUUCCCGGUCUGUGGAAGUCUCACUCUCGCCCAUUAUCAUACAGAGAUCCGUGAGGUGAGUUCAGCUCCGUGACUCGUCUGCUCGGGUCCUUCUGAAUCUCAGCAAUAUUCCUGAUCAUGGUGUUAGCAAAUGUAAGUUCUAAUAAGGGAAGGGGCAGGCAGUCUUUAUGAUGAGGUUGUUUUUUUUUUUUAAUUUUAUUUUCUUUUUUUUAAAAUAAAUGUUAAUUUAUUUUACUAUUUAGACUUUAUUUUUAUGAUAUCAGUGUUCCUGCAGUAUGUACCACAGGGUUACAGGCCUAAUUCUACAGUAAGCGUAGAAUUGUGCAGCUGUCAGGCCCCGCUCUUGUUCUGACACUGUGGCUCAGGGCAGCACAACAACACUGACACCUAGUGGUGGAUGUUGAUAAAAGUCUGAGUAUAUUUGCACAGACAGAUGGGUAGUGGGGAGUCAUUUUGAAUUAAUCCCAUGGCGGUUUUUCUCUGCCAUUUGAAAGACAUUUAUGAUAGUACUCUGUUCUGGGCCAGGAAGAGCUCUGUUUGCAUUUGGAGAAUGUUUUUUUUUGUUGUAUAACCAGUGUCCAGGCAUGUCACACCACAGGGUCGUUAAAAAAAGCGUUCGCCUUUUUGGCAUUCUCCAUACUUGUGUCUGUUUUAAAAUGGUCAGUUUACAAGCUAAAGCAGGGUGAUUUCCUUCCAGUUGUGAAUGGAGAAAAAAGGCUGAGGUUUUUAUACUUUUAUUAAAUUAUAUUUAAAAAGACAAAAUGACAACUGCUUUUUUCUUUUAUUUGUAAAUGUAUUUAUUUUUCUUGAAAGGACAUGGAAGAAGCUGUUUUCAAAUUUUAGGGAAAAUGGGCUGUGAAUUCUGUAUAGAUUUUAAGGGUCUGAAUGGGGGGGAACUGUUGUUGCUAACUGUUUUAGAAUACUGUUUGCAAUUCAAAAGUGUUGAUGCAGAAGUCUUAAUGUUAAUCAUUUUAGGAGGGACCUUAUAAAAAUGAGUCUGCGCACCCAUCGUGUGUAUGUGUGUGUGAUAUUUUUCCACAUACACACAGCAUAUAUAUGUAUAUGCUUCAGUAUCCAUAAAGAUAUUAUACAAAACCAAGAGUUCCUAGCAUUGCACGUAUUUAUCUAGGGAGAGAGGACAUUAAGAGAGUCGGGGAAGUGUAAAUUUCAUCUGUGUUUGACCAAGUUUGUUCAUUUAGGUCCAUAUUAGGACAACAUUUUGAGCCAAACUGACUCACUGAGGCUUGUGUAGGGCAAUCUGCUGACUGAACUAAUUGGAGAAGGAGGCUCUUUUACUGGGGUAUAUCUGACUGGUUUGGCAGGAUUCAUGUUCCCUAUUCUGGGUAGUGUAAAUGCUACCUCACACUUUCUCAUCCAGUCUUACUUUGUUUUUUUUUUUUUUAACCAGAUAAUGAUUGCACUCGCAUGCCCACAGUGUGUGCACUUACCGUGUGUGUAAGAGAGUGAGCAAAGGGAAUGAUUGUUGUAAAGUGACCCGUAUGUUUGUGGCCGUUUUCUCAAUACGCGCUGUAAUUGAUUGGCUGUCCUGUUAUGUGUACUCAGAAGCUUUGAUUGCUAAAAUUUCAGAUUCACUAUCCCUCACCACAGGUUUCUAGCAGUAGAAAAUAAAUGGUGGUCAUUUUUAACACCCACCUUAGCCCACCCUGCCCCUCCCCACUACUGCACACAUAGACACCUUAGCUGGACUCGAACUUUAAGGAAGCGCCUCUUUUUCUUUUUGGAGCCACUCUCUUCCCCUCCUUUCCCCUCGCCUCUCUUAUGGCUAACCUGUAAAUACUGACUACCGUUAUUUUGUUACAUCGUUUUCUCUCUCUUUCUCUCUUGCGUAGAAGAGCUGGUUUGUUCGUGACCAGACUCAAUGACUUCAGUCUCAGUCUGUAAAUAGUUUUAUUUCAAGCCCUGGGUCAAGGGGGCAUUUGUUUCUAAUCUCUCUCUCCCGCCAUUUCUCUCUGGCUGUCUGCCCUGCCUCCCCUUAAAUGUUGUUGCUUUUAUUUAUUAUUUGUGUUGGGUUAUUUUUUGGGGUGGAAGGGGGUCGAAAGUCAUUGACGUGCAGUGGCCGGUUUAGCAUGUCGGAACAUUUGUCUUUAGAUUUGAUAUAUCCAGUCAGACACCAUACACUGAUCAAGGAGCCAUAAUAUGUUGAACCAGUUUAAUGUGAAACGGAUAACCCCGUGGCUGAAGGGUUACAGCAGUGAUGUUCGUGUACGAAAUGAAUAUUACUGAACAAGCCUGAGCCUUCAUGGACGAUAUGCUGAACUGCUGUAUUUCAAAGCGUGGGCAUGGACGUAUGAGACAUGCUUAGUGUUGCACACCCCCCGCCUCCUCCCCCUCCCCCCAUACCCUCCCCUCACCCCUCUCACCUGAGUCAGUGUUUUUGAAAGCUUGAGGAGUGUGCGAGUGUUGCUGUGACAGCCUGUACCUGCUGCUUGUGCGUGAGUGUGUGUGUUUGCAUGACACGAGUGUGUCUGUCACUAAUGUGUAUGGAUGGGAGCGCGAUCCCUGACAGUCUUCAUGUCCCCCCCCUUUCGUUCCAGCUGUUCCCAACCCUAAUGAAGAAAUGACUGUAAAUGUUUUAAGUGUUUAUUUUAAAUGGGUUGGUUUUUAAUUUGUGUUCCCAUUCAGACAGCCUGCCCUGGGUAGAUGUUGGCGGGAGGGAGAGACUGUGUUUGUUGGUGUAAAAUAAAACUCAAUAAAGUGAUGAAACUCAGCAAUUUAUGUCAGUGGGUUCUGAUUUUGUGAAACGUAGCCAG